AGAAAAACACUGAUAAAGGCAAUACUUGAAGAUGUGAAGCUCAAUUCCACGUUUUCUUUCAACAUGCAGUGGAGCACAGUGACAAUAAGACAUGUGUCUCUUCUGGAACCGCCAGGUUUGACUGUGCUACACUGUGCAUAUCUAUGUAUAUCAUAUGGCACCAUCCAGGCUCACGAUAAACAAAAAACCCUACUCAUCUACAUAAUCUCCAACUCCCCUAAUCGUUGACCUUCCCUCGACAAUCCACAACAACUCUUCGCUGGCGAAGAUGUCGAACCUCACCGACUACACACUUGGCUGGAUCUGUGCCAUCACCGCCGAAUAUGUUGCCGCGCAGGCAUUACUCGACGAAAAGCAUCAAGGCCCAGAGCAUGUGUCACCCCAUGACAACAACGACUACACGCUGGGGAGGAUUGACAAGCACAAUGUGGUUAUUGCAGUCCAGCCUGAUGGAGAGUAUGGCAUCUCCUCUGCGGCAAGCUUGGUACGAGACAUGCUGCACAGCUUCCCCAACAUCAGGAUCAGUCUGAUGAACUUUCACAUCAACUCACUGGGCCAGGCCACCCGACAUGGGCAUUUGGAAGUCGAGAAGACACUUCUUGACAGUGGCGCCGAGGUGGACUGCGCCUGCCAGGGGGGCAUGGGGGCAGAUGUGGAUACGACACCCAUGAUGUUGGCAGGCUGA